GAUGGCGACGCUGCGUUUAAUACGACUUCGCCAUCAUAAAGCAGCACAAGGCUAUUUUCACUUAUUGUCUGAAACCCUAACCCCCGCAAACAGUCAUUUAACGGCCCCAUUGUCGCGGUCACACACUGCGUCUGUCCCCAUAACGCGGCGCAGGUCCCCAAGCUCGCAUCCCGGCGUCAUCUGACCAGCGCUGAUCUCGGUCACGGAUGACAGACAGCGAGGGAGCAGCUCAGAUGAUGCACACCGCGCCGUGAGGGUGUGCAGGAGUAUCUCCACACAGCACAAAGGCACGUCCUCCCCAGUCCAGGGAGAAGGAGCACAAAGGCAGGUCCCUCAUCCAGGGAGACGAAGCGAGCGACAUGCAUGGGCAGGAGCGCCGCUUCUGAAACCCCCGCCUGUUUCUCCCCGAAACGGGAAUGAUCCCUGAUCUCCGGCAGAAAUGUUUCACUGGAGCAAGUGGAAGAAACGGAUAGGGGCGAAUUCUUCUUCGAAGAGACCGGUGUUUGACGAGAAGGAGGAUGUGAAUUUUGACCAUUUCCAGAUCCUCAGAGCCAUCGGGAAAGGAAGCUUCGGCAAGGUGUGCAUCGUGCAGAAGAGGGAUACGGAGAAGAUGUAUGCUAUGAAAUACAUGAACAAGCAGCAGUGCAUAGAGAGAGACGAGGUCCCCAAUGUCUUCCGGGAGCUGGAGAUCCUGCAGGACAUUGAGCAUGUGUUCCUGGUGAACCUCUGGUACUCCUUCCAGGAUGAGGAGGACAUGUUCAUGGUGGUGGACCUGCUACUUGGCGGCGACCUCCGUUACCACCUGCAGCAGAACGUGCAGUUCAGCGACGAGGCCGUCAAGCUGUACCUCUGCGAGAUGGCCCUUGCCCUCGACUACCUGCAGAGCCAGCACAUCAUCCACAGGGACAUUAAGCCUGACAACAUCCUCCUGGACGAGCAAGGUCACGCUCACCUCACGGACUUUAACAUCGCCACGGUGAUAAAGGAUGGCGAGAGAGCCACUGCGCUAGCGGGAACCAAGCCGUAUAUGGCCCCCGAAAUCUUCCAGUCCUUUGUGAGCGGCGGUACUGGCUACGCCUUCGAGGUGGACUGGUGGUCGCUCGGCGUGACAGCGUACGAGGUGCUGCGGAGUCUGAGGCCAUACGAGAUCCACUCCACGGACCCCCUGGAGGACCUGAUGCAGGUGUUCAGCACCGUCAGCGUGUUUUAUGCUCCUACGUGGCCCAAGGACCUGGUCACCCUGCUGAGGAAGCUGCUAACGGUUAACCCGGAGCACCGCUGUUCCUCACUGGCCCAGAUGCAGGCCUCUGCCUGCAUGAGCGACGUAGACUGGGAGGCAGUGUACGAGAAACGGGCAGAGGCAGGGUUUGUGCCCAAUAAAGGUCGUCUCCACUGUGACCCCACGUUCGAGCUGGAGGAGAUGAUCCUGGAGUCCCGUCCUCUGCAUAAGAAGAAGAAGCGUCUGGCAAAGAGUCGAUCGCGAGACAGCAGCAAGGAGUCCCAGUCGGAGAAUGAUUACUUACAGGAGUGCCUUGAGGUUGUGCAGCAAGAGUUUGUCAUCUUCAACCGAGAGAAACUGAAAAAGAGGCAGGAGGAAGGCUCCCACUUGGACACACCCACCGAAGCCGAGGGCGACGAAGGAGGCUCUGAGGACGAGGCAGCCCAGGGGGCAGAGUCCUCUGACCCCAACACCUGCGACUCCAUGGGCUCCUCCGCAAGCAGCUGCUGACGCUGCUGACGCUGCUAACUGUGCUAGCAUGGCUAAUGACGCUAACUGUACUAGUGUGGCUAAUGCUAACGACUCUGCUAGCACCUCCCAGCUGCAGAUGCUGUCGUGCCAUGGCUCCCACCCUCCGCUUGCUGCCAGGACUGGAACCUUUCAGAGCAGCAAGCUUCAUCCACUUCAACCACCCCAACUAGAAGCAUGCAGGACUGGUGGCCUGAAGGAGCCUCUCACUCAGUUAGCACGACUAGUGCAGUUGGCAAAGCCAGUGCGGUUAGCAUCACCAGUGCGGUUAGCAUCACCAGUGCGGUUAGCAUCACCAGUGCAGUUAGCGUCGCCAGUGCAGUUAGUGUCACUACGACAGACUGUUCCAGGACAAGCCUACAAGCACAACGCCUGUGUCAAGGACAACAUCCUCAGCCUCUGUGGGCCCACCUGUGUGUUGCUUUCUCCCUAGCCAGCGACCUAAAUGCUAAUGCAGGUUCUGGCAAAGGAGGUGAGGGCAGGUGAUUGUCAAAGUACGAGGGCUGCCCUUGUCUUCCUGAAGGAACCUAACACAAGUUAAAUCCAUAGGUUUGCUCCUCAUCCCCAAGGUCCAUAGUUUUGCCCAGAUCCUUUUAGCUGCUAAGUUGUGGUGUCCCCGUGUAGGAACAUGGUCACCCCCCAUCGCUGGUGUUUUAUUUCACACCAGCAAAUGACCCUUCCCAGUACGGACGGGGUGUCGGCCCCGCUGACUCCGGACGGGGCCAUUUAUAGUAGCAUAGGCCUGUUUAAAUAGCAUUAGCGGAACGUUAGCACGGCAUAGCGCCUGCUUGCGGACGCCUGCGCGCCGCUCUUCCUCCACUUAGCGCCUGGUUAGCGUGACGUGUGAAUAUGGCUGUCGGCACAGGCCCUGCUCCACAGUUUUAUGUGGGCCAUUAGCCGAGCGCCUUUGCCAGGCGAGCGACAUUCACACCCUGCUGUACAAACGCGCGUGGGCGCCUCCCGCAGGCCACGCCACCCCUGCUUUUUCAAACCCCUGGCGAUGCCUUUUCCGAUGGGAGCCGCGCUCUCUCCCGUAGCAUGCGGCGCGGAAGCGUCUGUCCUGCAGCAAGUGCUUUUUUGCAUCCCGUUAUCCUGCGUUCAUUCACCGUAUUUAUUGACUAAGGCCAUAGGAAUGUUGCCGCUGCUGGCGGUAUCUGACCGCGUCGGCGACGUCUCAAGGUUUUACACUGGCAGCGUUAAAUAAGUCACCUGCACGCACCAUAGCCUGCUCAAAUGCAUGCAGUACCGUAUAUAAGCACAAGGGGGCCUUAUUAUACAAUCUUUGACUUUGCCCCUUGUGUGGAUUACAUUAGGUGGGGUGCAAACCCAGCCCUUGUCUGCCCCCCCAAGCCUGCCCACACUUUUGUUCUGCACAUCUAAUUCUGUUAGACAGGUAAUUAUCAGCCUCUGGAUCAGGUGUGCGGGCUGGUUUGCGUGAGCUUGGCGGCUGGGACUUGGGCUGUCUGCCACCCACUGUUAUCUUUGAUUAAAGUCUUUGGCACUCGUGCUGAGUACCUGUCGUAAGAGAGUAAGGCUUCUUUUUCAGCUUUUGCAUUGUACUGUUGCCUGCAUGAGGCAUACUUUCAAAGGGGCUACGUACGGAACAGAAGUGUAGGACUGGAUUCGUCACGCUGCUGCCUCGCUGGGAUGCAGUGGGCAGGAGUUUCUGGGACGCCUCCAUAGGUAUCAGAAUGCUCAUACACGUCCUGUGUCCAUGCACCAGCAUUUUUUUAAAGAAGGACAUCCAGACCAGCAGGUGGCGGUGGCGACUUUAGUGUGGCUAUAAUCUGAAGUGGUUCUCGGGAUCACGUCUUCAUUUGGCCAAUCACAGUGGGCAUGCGGCCAUUCAGUUCACCGUGCCUGUUCUCGAGGGCCCUGUCUGUACAUAUGUUCUGCUUUUACUGCUCGGAUAAGGGAAUAAAGUGCUUUCCUUCA